UUUGUUAAUUUAUUAGAUUAUCUCAAUUAAAACAGUGAUGAUGUUUACAAUUGGUGAAAUUGCAUCACACCCGUUUUUAUGAUAGGCGUUAUGAUACCCAUUUGAUAGAGUGCGGGAAUGAUAUUUUCCAGCUUCUGCGCCAGAUGUAACGACCAAUGAAAGCACGAGCGUUCGAAUGAGGAGGCGGAGGCUGGAGUUUCAUGGAUGCUUGUUAUGUCUGUCAAACCACUAGCGAUUAGAAAAAUAUAGAUUUUCAUAUAAAAAAAUAACCAUUCGCAAAUGCAAUAUGGAUACUGCGGUUUUUGUCGUAUGGCUUUCUAUGGUGGUUACCAUCCUGUCGAGGUCGCACGCCGACCGGAACGUCUACCCGUCUGCAGGCGUGCUGUUUGUCCAUGUCCUGGAGAGAGAACACUUCAAAGGAGAGUUUCCCCCCUAUCCCAAACCUGGGGAUUCCAGCAACGACCCCAUCACCUUCAACACCAACCUGAUGGGCUACCCAGACCGGCCAGGCUGGCUGCGGUACAUCCAGAGAACCUCCCACAGCGAUGGGGUGCUCUACGGAUCCCCCACUGCCGAACACGUGGGCAAGGCCACCAUCAUAGAGAUUACUGCCUAUAACAGACGCACUUUUGAAACGGCCCGGCACAACUUGGUCAUAAACAUCAUGUCCACGGAAGACUACCCACUGCCAUACCAGGCAGAGUUCUUCAUAAAGAACAUGAAUGUGGAGGAGAUGUUGGCCAGCGAGGUUCUGGGAGACUUCCUUGGCGCAGUGAAGAACGUGUGGCAGCCCGAACGCCUCAACGCCAUCAACAUCACCUCAGCGCUGGACAGGGGCGGACGUGUUCCCCUGCCCAUAAACAACCUCAAAGAGGGUGUGUAUGUGAUGGUGGGGGCAGACGUGCAGUUCUCUUCCUGCCUGAGGGAGGUGGAGAACCCCCACAACCAGCUGCGCUGCAGCCAGGAGAUGGAGCCUGUCAUCAGCUGUGACAAGAAGUUCAGGGCCCAGUUCGACAUUGACUGGUGCAAGAUCAACCUGGUGGACAUCACCAAGGUGGUCACGAUCCACAGUAACCGUCCGGACCCAGGUACAGGGGUUCUGCCUGACAUCGGGGAGUACAACCCCCCAUCAGAGUCUCUGAAGAGCAGGGACUUCUUUGCCGACUUCCUCAUCACGUUGGCAGUGCCCUCGGCCGUGGCCAUGGUCCUCUUCACCAUCCUGGGUUACUCCAUGUGCUGCCGGCGAGAAGGGGUGGAUAAAAGAAACAUGCAAACACCAGAUAUCCAGUUAGUACAUCACAGCUCCAUCCAGAAGUCGACCAAGGAGCUGCGGAGCAUGUCUAAGAACAGGGAGAUCUCCUGGCCCCUCUCCACCCUGCCUGUCUUCAGCCAAAGUGGGGAGGUGGUGCCCCCCAUACACCCAGACAACUACGAGACCACCAGCAUGCCGCUGAUGCAGACACAGACAAACCUGCAGAACCAGAUUCAGAUACCACAGCAACAGCCAUCAGGAGAUAGAGAUAAUUAUUGUAUGUCAACAUUUCGGAGACUGGAGGUAAAUGGUAUUCCUGAGGAGAGGAAAGUGGCUGAAGCACUGAACUUGUGACAAGAGAGAAGCCCAAGAGACAGUGGUGGAGCUGCUUUCUGUCUGUCCGUGUCCCUUUAAGCCAAGUGUUUUUCUAUGUCUACAUCCUAAAUAGAGUACCACAGUAUGAGUCAUAAUAGACAUCAAACCUAGCAGUCAAAUAGGAAAAAGGUUCCAAUCGUUUUUCCACCAUUCAUUUUUCCCAUAGGGGAUUUUAAAAACACUUAUAAUAAGGGCUGGGUUUCAUGUAGGCUUACCCUGGUGUGACGUGUUGAUAACCGUGUAAAUCUCUCUAGGACAAGGUGACUUUUAUCCAUAAAUUUGCUUGGAUUUACCCCCAACCCCCCCAAAUGAAAUGCUAAUUAGCUGCCAAUUGUGUCAUAAAGAACUAUAAAUGUCAUGAUGAUCUGGAAGAGAAUGCCGAAUUGAGGCAAAGGUAAGAAUCUCUGGAUUAACAAUCUAAUGUUAGCUAAAUGUAGUAAUGAAUAAAUUGGCAAAAUGUCUUUAAAUGGACAAUUCUGUGAACUGUCUUGUGGAAGUUUUACAUUAAAACAAUACCUGUUAGCAAAGGUGUCGGCGAGAGAUGACAUGCAGGAGCUUGCAGGGAUUUGUAGUUUUGAAUUAUGUCUACUUUGACCCAAAUUAGCAUUUUCAAAUCUGAGAGUAGAGCCAAAUAUAUUGAUAAAAGUCACCUUAUCCUAGAGAGAUUUAAAUGGUUAUCAAAAUUUCACACCAGGGUAAGCCUACAUGAAACAGUCCUUAUUUAAAGUGUUUUGAAAAUCCCAUAUGGGAAAAAUGAAUUGUAGCAAAAGGAUUGGAACCAUCACCCCGUUUGACUGUUAGGUUUUAUGGGUAUUAUGACACCUCCAUUGUGGGGCUCUAUACCCAAUUUCCUGCACAACUUCUGACCAGGGCCCAGAGACACUAUGUCUGUCCCAAUCUGCAUGUCCCAGCAGUGCGUUCAUACGCGACGCUAGUGUCCGUCAGUGUGCCCUUAUGUAUGUGAGCGAGUGGUGCAGAGUACAGUAAACUCAUAAGUGCACUUGGUAUGAGAGCAAGCUGAUUAAGUGCAGUCCCAAUUCAAUUACACUCAUAACUGUGUGCUCUUAUUUAAUGCACAUGGUCACCACAAUCCUAAACAGCUGCAUUUAUCAGUAGUCGACUGUGUGUGUAUACCAGCCUGAUCAUGAAUAACAAAUGCUACAUUCAUAGGAUAUUUUGAAAUAUUUUGUGCAUAUGUUCUAGAAAUGAUAUGAUGCCAUGAACAAUAUCAUGUUAGUAUUUUACUUUCCAUGACCAAUGCUCAUCUUUAGAGGGAAACGGAGAUGGACAGAGACGCUCGUCAAGUCCAAUCAAAUAAAAAUGUAAAUGCUCAUUUUCUGUCACAGUAAAACAGUAAAAAUACAUUUGGUUUAAAUUUGCUGUCAAUUGUGUUCAACGGCUGCAAAUGUAGCACCAGGCCCCCAGCACACGCAUUAUAGUAAUCUGUUCAGCCCAUCUGUGGAAGGUCAGAAGAGCCCGCUCUCCCCGGGUCAUUUCUUUUCAGGGGUUGGAUGAGCUUUAAUAUUGCAGAUAGGUUGUUGCUUCCAUCAAUGUAUUGUCUGCAUCAUUUCCAAUCCCCCAGAUAUAUUUUUUUAUAUACACACACAUUCAUUUUGUUUUUAGAAUAUACCUUUAUUAUUCCCCGCAAACCCUUACCACCCCUCCCCAAUUGGAGUAAACUAAUAAACAAUCUACCUUCAGUUUAUACAUACAAUACAUUUCACAGAAAUUAUAUUUGGUUUGUUUUUAGGCCUGGCCUUCCUCUAUUUGUGAUGUCCAUCCAGUUUGGUUUCUAUUUGUAACUGCUAUUUCACAAACUAUAUAUAUUUUACAGAUGUUUUACAUUGGUUAUCUUGUUAUUAGUCCCACCCUUCAGCUCCAUUCAACCCCUCCCAUCUUGCUCUUAACACCAUCCAUUUUGCAUUUCUAUUCACCAUAUAUUUUUUCAACUGUGCUGUGAUGCUUCACGAAAGUACUGAACCUUUCUAUUCUCAUAGCUUUAAAAGAAAAUGUUUGGCUAAAAUGAUUAUUGAUCGAUUGACUGUGACUUUUCAAAUCACCCAGUGAUGCUAUCUGCAGCGUUAGUUCUAGGUAAAUGUUCAGCCAUUCCUGGACCUGUAACCAAAAACGAGCUACAGCUGGACAGUACCAAACUAAAUGAUCUAAUACCUGCCUCCUCACAGCAAAAUAUGCAGAGCUGGGAAGAUAUUGAGAUCUCAAUAUCUCUCAUUCUAUUUGUUGCAAGAAUAUUGUAGAAUAAUGUAAAUGGAAAAAUUAUUAAGUUUUGAAUCUCUCCAGGUUGUUGCAUUAGUUACUUCCUUAAUCCCGCUCAUCCUUGGUGGGACAUAAAACGGCAAACAUCUUCUACCACUGGACCCUUCUCUUCCAGCUCAGCCACCACUGUCCGUCGCCAUGACAUUUUUAGUCUGCCUCACAUGCACUUUCUUGCUGGUGUUCACCUGAGGGCAACUUUGUGUUUUUUAUCUCUGCAUUAACACUAUGGAAAAUCUCCAUUGAGCAUUAUUUAAGUCCAGGACGAGGCUUAAACUGUGUCUGGGAAACUGGCCCUCACUGUUUUGACAAGGAAGGGACAAAGAAGUCAGACAAGAUUUUUAGAAAGGUUUGUAUUAUUGACAAUGUAGAAUACAAAUAAAAAUUAUCUAUAAAUAAAAUGGGUACAACUCACAUUAAAAUGUCACAAAAUAAUAUAAAUGUACAUAAAACAUCUAUUGAGGCUCUGGGGUAAACCUAGUUGUUGCUUCUUUCAAUUUGAACCAAAACCAAUUUAAAAAAGAUAUAUCCCCAAUAGUGAAUAACAUAUAGAAAAUCAAAAUACUGUAAAUCAAAAUAGGCAAACAAAAUCUAUCAAAAUGUUUCUCAGAUGGAAAAACAGGUUGACACUGAACAAGAUUCUGUAUAAUUGCCAUCCUUUUACCAACAUCCUUCAUCAAUAAAUCAAUUAAUCAAAAUGUGUCAUGUUUUGAGUUUCCAAGCAUACCAUAUGACAUACCAUAUGUCCCUAUGGACCCUGGUCAAAAGUAGUGUAUUGAAUAGGGUGCCCUUUGGGAUGCACACAGUCUUCUGAAUAACCCCUAGUGCCAAGACGUUUGAUUUCAUUUGAUUGAGAAGCUAGAUGAACCUGAAGUAAAUCAACAUUGUACACCCAAGUCCAUUAACCUUCUAUGGCACAGAACAUUUACAGAUACAAUUCUAAAGAAGAAAUACAUUUGCUCUCUUAAUGUACACUUACAAUAUUUGCAA